GUGGUGUACCCUUUGAGGAGCGCCGUCAUGGAAACGCAGGCAGGAAAUCAGCUCUGCCAAAAUCCACAUUCCUGGGAUAUUCAUUAAAAGAUUUUUUUUAUUUUUUUUAAAAAUAUAUAUAUAAAAGAAGCGUGGAAAUAAGGGACGACUGGAGAGACUUACACACCCUGGGAUCAUUUAUUUCUAUUUAACCUGGUGGAUGUUUUUUUUUUUAUUAUUAUUAUUAUUUAUAUAAAUAUACAGAAAUUCCGUAUUGUUGGAGGAUCUACUUGAUUUCUGUCUGGGGUGGUGGUGGUUGUUUUUGUUUGUUUGUUGUUGUUUUGUACGACUCGGUGUGUUUGAAUGGCUUGAGGACGUUUUCCCAGCCGCCUCAGACUCAGUGAUGUCCAGAUGCUUUGUUUACUCUUUAAUUUGACCGUUUGAGCAUCUGAGGAUGUGAUUAAAUAAUAACACAGUAUUUAGACAAAGGCUCCACAGAGAGGAGAACGAGAUAGGCGCAGAGUUCUUUCCCCGUUUCUCCCAGUAUGACCGGAGGAGCGUUUGCGUCUGUGUUUUGCGGGUAUUUAUGGGAAAGCAUUCAUUCAGAAUAAAAAUGAGCCCCGUUCAAUUAGGCUGAACUCCUCUGGAGGUACAGGAAACGCUUUUUUUUUCUUUUCUUUCUUUUUUUUUAAAAAAAAACAAAAACAUAUCUCUCUUUUUAAUUUUUUUUUUUUUAUUUUUUUUUGGUGUUGUAUUGGAGAAAAUGGACAGUGAAGUAUUCACACCUCAGCUGGAGCAGUUUCUGCUCACUCCUCUGGUGGCAUGGGUGAAAACAGUGGUCCAGCCAAGCCCAAGCGACCGAAGCAGUCUUUCUCUGUACAUGGAGUUAGUGGAUGGUUCCUACCUCAACGAGGUCAUGUUGAGGAUAAAUCCGAAAGCUUCCAGCCAGAGAGUGAACAAGAAAGUGAACAAUGACGCGGUAUUACGUGUGCAGAACCUCUCCGUCCUCAUACGCCACAUCAAGACGUACUAUCAGGAGAGCCUGCAGCAGCUGGUGAUGAUGCCUCUGCCCAACGUGCUGGUGCUCGGCAGAAACCCGCUCACUGAACAAGGCUUGGCUGAGGUGAAGAAGCUGCUCUUGCUGUUGCUCGGGUGUGCUGUUCAGUGCGAGGAAAAGGAGGAGUACAUCGAGAGGAUCCAGACGCUGGAUUUCGACACCAAGGCGGCCAUCGCGUCUCACAUUCAGGAGGUCACCCAAGAUCAGGAGAACGUUCUGGACCUGCAGUGGCUAGAGGGGGGCGAAUCUCCACCCGAGGACCUGGACUCGCUCUCCAGAAACCUGGCCUUCCAUCUCAGACGCCUGGUGGACGAGAGAGACGAGCAGCUGGAGACGAUCGUAGAGCUGACCCAGGAGAGAGACUGCGGCCAGUCUCCAGCUCCUCCUCCUCCGCCCUGUGCCCAGUCUCCCAGCGACUCGCCCAGCAUGCGGCGCACCGAGAGCAGGCAGCAUCUCAGCGUCGAGCUGGCAGACGCCAAGGCCAAGAUCCGACGCCUCCGCCAGGAGCUAGAAGAGAAAAGCGAGCAGUUGCUGGACUGCAGACAGGAACUAGAGAACCUGGAGAAAGAGCUGAGGAGGAUUCAGCAGGAGAACCUCCAGUUGCUGUCAGACGCGCGCUCGGCGCGGGCCUACCGCGACGAGCUGGACGCUCUGAGAGAGAAGGCCAUCCGAGUGGACAAGCUGGAGAGCGAAGUGGGCCGUUAUAAAGAGAGGCUCCACGACAUCGAGUUUUACAAAGCCCGGGUCGAGGAGCUUAAAGAGGACAAUCAGAUCCUGCUGGAGACCAAGAGCAUGUUGGAGGACCAGCUAGAAGGCUCCAGGGCUCGCUCGGACAAACUGCACGAGCUCGAGAAGGAGAAUCUGCAGUUCAAAGCCAAAAUCCACGACAUGGAGAUGGAGCGAGACAUGGACAGGAAGCGUAUAGAGGAGCUGCUGGAGGAGAACCUGGCGCUGGAGAUGGCUCAGAAGCAGAGCAUGGACGAGUCCCUGCACCUCGGAUGGGAGCUGGAGCAGCUUUCCAAAACCACACCCGAAGUCGCCGAGGUUCCUCAGAAGUCUCUGGGCCACGAGGUCAAUGAGCUGGCCUCCAGCCGCCUCCUGAAGCUGGAGAUGGAGAACCAGGCGCUGCUGAAGACCGUGGAGGAGCUGAAGGGUCGCGGCGAGGCCGGCGCACGCCUCCUCAAGGCUGAAAAGGAGAACCUGAGACUCAGCCAGAAGCUGGAACAGCUGGAGAGCGAGGCGCAGUCUGACAGGGAGAGUCUGCGCAGUGCCGAGAACCUGAGCUCAGACCUGAUGAAGGAGAAAGCUCAGCUGCAGAAAACCCUGGAGACUCUGAGGGAGAACUCGGAGAGACAGGUGAAGGGGUUGGAGCAGGAGAACGAGCACUUGAACCGGACCGUCACGUCCCUCAGGCAGCGCUCUCAGGUCAGCGCCGAAGCCAGGGUCAAAGAUGUCGAGAAGGAGAACCGCGUCCUCCACGAGUCCAUCAAAGAGACCAGCGGCAAGCUGAACAAGCUCGAGUUCGAGCGCAAGCAGCUCCGCAAAGACCUGGAGUGCUACAAGGAGAAAGGCGAGAAGGCGGAGGAGCUCGAGACGGAGGUCCAGCGCCUGGAGCGUGAGAACGAGGGUCUGCAGAAACGUGUGGCGAGCCUUGGGAUCACCUGUGAGAAGGUGGACGCCUUGGAAAGGGAGAACGCUGAGCUGGAGGCGGAGAGCAGAAGGUUGAAGAAGAAGAUCGAUGGACUGAGGAACGCGUCCCUGCAGUUGGAGGCAUUAGAGAAGGAGAACGCCCAGCUGGACGAGGAGAACCUGGAACUGCGGCGUACGGCCGAGACUCUGAGGUCCGCAGGAGCCAAAGCCGCUCGUCUGGAGCAGGAGAACCGAGAGCUGGAGAGCGAGAAGAAUCAGAUGCAGAGAAACCUAGAGCUGCUAAAAGCUUCGUCCAAGAAAACCGAACGCCUGGAGCUCAGCUACCAAGGUCUGGACUCGGAGAACCAGCGGCUCCAGAAGGCCCUGGAGAACAGCGGGCGUAAAAUCCAACAGCUGGAAGGAGAGCUCCGGGACCUGGAGAGCGAGAACCAGAGCCUGCAGAGGAACCUGGAAGAGCUGAAGAUCUCCAGCAAGCGUCUGGAGCAGCUGGAACAGGAGAACAAAGUGCUGGAGCAGGAGAGCUCGCAGCUGGAGAAAGACAAGAAGCAGCUGGAGAAGGAGAACAAGCGGCUGAGGCAGCAGGCUGAGAUCAGAGACUCCAAACUGGAUGAGGACAGUCAGAGAAUAUCGCAGCUGGAGAAGGAAAACCGCGCGCUGAGCAAGGAAGUGAGCACCCUGAGCGACUCCUAUAACCGCGUCAAAGAUCUCGAGAGGGACAACAAGGAGCUGGUGAAGCAGGCCACGAUCGACAAGAAGACACUGGUCACGCUGAGAGAGGAGCUGGUGAGCGAGAAACUAAAGAGUCAGCAGACAAACAACGAUCUGGAAAAACUGACUCACGAGCUGGAGAAGAUGGGGCUGAAUAAAGAAGGGCUGCUGCACGAUGAACAGUGCUCUGCUGCGAGGUUCAAGCUCCUGGAGUCGAAGCUGGAGUCCACAUUGAAGUCCUCGCUGGAGAUUAAAGAGGAGAAGAUCGCCGCCCUGGAGGCCAGACUGCAGGAGUCCUCCAACCUUAACCAGCAGCUCCGGCAGGAACUCAAAACAGUGAAGAAGAACUACGAAGCUCUUCGUCAGAGGGAGGAGGAAGAGCGCAUGGUGCACAGCUCGCCCUCGAGAGGAGGGGAAGGCUCGCAGAGCACCAGCAAGUGGGAGAAGGAGAGUCACGAGGCCACUCGAGAGCUGCUGAAGGUCAAAGACCGACUCAUAGAGGUGGAGAGGAACAAUGCCACUCUUCAGGCGGAGAAGCAGGCGCUGCGUACGCAGCUGAAGCAGCUGGAGACUCAGAGCAGUAACCUCCAGGCUCAGAUCCUCGCUCUGCAGAGACAGGCCGCCUCGCUGCAGGAGAACAACACCACGCUGCAGACUCAGAACGCUAAACUACAGGUGGAGAACUCGACACUGAACUCUCAGAGCGCGGCGCUCGUCGGCCAGAACGCUCAGCUACAGAGUCAGCAGUGCAGCGCCGAAAGCGAGCGAGACGGCGCCGUACGGGAGCGCGAGGACCUCCGAUCCACCUACGAGCUGCUACUGAGGGAUCACGAGAAGCUCGCGGCUCUGCACGAGCGCCAGGCGGCCGAGUACGAGGCCCUGAUCGGCAAACACGGGGGUCUGAAGAGCGCACACAAGAGCCUGGAAGUGCAGCACCGAGACCUGGAGGACAGGUAUAACCAGCUGCUGAAGCAGAAGGCACAGCUGGAGGAGCUGGAGAAGGUUUUGAAGGCCGAGCAGGAGAAGAUGCUGUCGGAGAACCAGAGGCACCAGGCCACAGCGGCCGAGUAUCAUAAACUGAAGGAAGAAAACGACAAGUUGAACACCACAUACCAGCAGCUGCUGAAAGAUAACGAGGGCCUGCAGGCCGACCACAAGAACCUGAAGAGCCAGCUGAACGCCGCGAAACUGGAGCAGACGCGCCUGGAGGCCGAGUUCUCCAAGCUGAAGGAGCAGUACCAACAGCUGGAUAUCACCUCCACCAAACUCACCAACCAGUGCGAGUUGCUGAGCCAGCUGAAAGGGAAUCUGGAGGAGGAGAACCGACACCUGCUGGACCAGAUCCAGACCCUGAUGCUGCAGAACCGAACCCUGCUGGAGCAGACCAUGGAGAGUAAAGACCUCUUCCACGUCGAGCAGAGACAGUACAUAGACAAACUCAACGAGUUGAGGAGACAGAAGGAGAAGUUGGAGGAGAAGAUCAUGGAUCAGUACAAAUUCUACGACCCCUCACCCCCCAGGAGAAGGGGCAACUGGAUCACGCUGAAGAUGAAGAAACUGAUCAAGCCAAAGAGUCGAGAGCGAAUGCGUUCCCUCACCCUCACGCCCUGCCGCUCCGAGUCGAGCGACGGCUUCCUGGUGGCUCCUCAGGACAGUCAGGACAGCUCGUCCAUGGGCUCCGGGUCGCUCGACGACCCUCUGAGUCAAAAGAGGAGCGGCACACUGAAAAAGCUGCCCUUUAUGAGGAACAGGUCCAAGGACAAAGACAAAGUGAAGGCUAUCUACCGGCGCUCCAUGUCCAUGAACGAUCUUCUGCAGUCCAUGGCGCUGGCCGGUGCCGGGCAGUGGAGUGGCAGUACAGAUCACCUGGAGGCUCCUGAAGACCCGGUGUGUGCAGGUGGGACUCAGCGAAUGAAGGAGCUCGCGUACUCCACCACAGCCAUCAACUACACCACCCUCAGCAACAAGCACAAACUCAAGAGCAAAGAUAACGUCUCCUGCGAGGACGUCACUCCCACCUCUUCAGACGAGCAGAGUGCAGUUCGAAGCCAAGGACUGCAGCUCUCUUCCCAAGAUCCUGCUCCAUCCUCCAGGUGCAGAGUCGCCUGUAAAAUCUGUAGUGCGGUGAACGGCAGCGUGAGCAGACCGCACAGCGAGAGCAGCGGAGAGUUCAGCCUCAGUCUGGACGCCGAAGUCUGGUCGAGCGAGAGCAGCCCGGUACAGAGAUCGUCUCAACACAACCAGAGGAGGAGGAGCAGCGCUCACGCCAACGAGUCUGGCAGCCGGGACAACCUGAGCGCAGAAUCUCCACGUCUGUGCAGAGCGUCCGAUCCCGUGCAGAAGGAGCGCACCAAGGGGCGGGGCAUCCUGAGGUCUGCCAGCGGGAAGGCCACGCCCACCGAGUCCCGAGCAGGCCGACCGAGUCUGCGUAAGGCAGAGAGCACUCGGGUGAAGGGCCCGAGUCAGCCCAGGUUAGGCCUGAGUGCUCAGGCAAAAGCGACUUCUGUGUGCGAGCGCCUGGACGCCUCGUCCUCUUCCGCUGGACUUCCUCGUGCCAGCAGCGUCAUCUCUACAGCCGAGGGCAGCACGCGCCGCUCCAGCGUCCACGACAUGCUGGCCAAGGACGCACGCGAGCCCGUCUCUGUGGAUCCGUCGCCCUCGAAGAGUCAGGCCGCAUCCAAUGUGGAGACGUCACGCGAGCGCAGGAAAUCUAAAAGCCGGUCCGGAGAGCAGCAGAUCUCCUAAAGUGUUAGCGUUUUUUGCCGAGCCGGAGGGUUCCUCCGUCUCAGCGCUUCAGUACUGCAUGCUGUUCUGACGCCGUGGCUGGGAGCUCCUCGUGUAUAAACGUCAUCACCUCUUUGGUUUUUCUUCUGCGCUUCUCUCUUCACCGCUUCCUCACACAGAACCUUUGCCCUGACCUUUUUUUUUAAAUAAAUGAAUGAAUUAAAAAAGGAGAUCUACAUUGACAUGGACAAAAAAGAUGCUUCGGUAUUAAAACAAAUUUUUUUUUUUUUUUUUUUCCUUGAAUCAAGGAAAUGCAAGGCUUUCAACGUGUUGCUCUUUUUUUUUUUUCUUGGACCGGUUUUUGCCAAGUUGACACUUUUUCUUUUUGUCCUUCAAAACCCUGUGUGACUCUCAACCAUCCGUCAGUGCACUUUUCUCUCUCUCUCUCUCUAACGCCUGCAUGCGACGCUGCGUCCAAAUCCAGACGCAGUCCAACCACACGCAGGAAAUCCGAUCAACAACGUCCUGCUUCCCGACUCACCCGAGCGGAGCAAAGAAGUGGACGAGAAAUAUGAAGCACAAGGACAGAAAAGACUGUGUGUGUGUGUGUGUGUGUGUGUGUGUGUGUAAGACUACUGACGCCCUUCAGCCCUGCCACAGACUUCCUUUUCCACUUUUACAUAAAUGCCGUUGAUGUGAGAACACAAAAGUGUGUUUGUGUUAUUUUACAUUUUCAACCCACACCUUUAACGCUCUCAAAAUAUAAAACUAAUGACUGUAAACGUUCCAAAACCCCGCCGCUUACCGCCACCGGUUCGCUCUUCUGUACCUUCAUUUCACAACACAUGAGUGAAAAAGAAAAAGGAAAGGGUGGUGGUGGUAGUGUUUCUCAUUCCAGUUGGGGCAAGUCCUUUCACGAUGUUCUCGAAUUAAAAAACAUUUAGUUCAUAUCACGAAUUCUACACCGUGCAUUCUUCCUCCUUCUCAACCACCUUCAUUCAUCUCCUUUCCUCCGUUCUCGAAGAACUCGCACCGAGCGGGACCGAGACCGAGCUCCGUGUUGUGCUGUUCGAGGAAAAUGAUCAACGACGGCGUGGUGUGAUGCAGCGAUGUGACCGUUAUAACCCUGCACUUUAUUAUUUUCUAACAGCAGCACGUCCUGAGAUGUUUUAUUCCUCUUACACGGCGACGGUUUUCCAACGAUUACGAUUUUCAUCUACUUUUUAUUUUAUUUAUUUAGUUUUUAAAAUGGCACCUUUCUUAUCGGUUUAUCGUGACAUUUCAUGUUGUGGUACGUCCCAAGUGGUAGGACAAGUUCUCACUUGCUGUAGCAGUUUAUAAACAGUAGAGCAGAUCUAUUUUUUUUUUUUUCCCUCUCGUUUCAACUUAAUUUACUGAGAAACCGCAAAGCGUAAACGCCUCCGUCCUGAAAAUGUCGGAAAAGAUGAAGUUGCAGCGUAAAGUUACGUCGAAUCGCGGCCAUAUUUGGUUCCCGUGUCCAAGAAGCUAUUGGCGUCUAUUGUUAAAAUACAAGGUUAAUCUCAUCUUCUGCUCAGUGAAAGUAUCUCUGUAUCUUUAUCCCGUCUUCUCGUUGGUGUUCAGCACAGAGACAUCAACUUUCUCACAUUUCUGCACCACAGCAUCACUUUCUGUUUAUUCCACUCACUGGAUAAAGAAAAUAAAGACCUUUUUUCUUAUUUUCAAAAAAAAAAAUAAAAAAUUUAAAUCAUUGUUUCAGGAUAAAGCCAGUGUAAUGAUUGAAAUUUUGAUCAAGAAAUAAAGGUGACAUGUUUGUGUUUUUUA